AUGGCAGGUAACGUGGGUAUGGAGCAAUUGAUUCCAAUUGUGAAUAAACUCCAGGAUGCAUUCACGCAACUUGGUGUUACAAUGCAAUUGGACCUGCCGCAAAUUGCGGUCGUUGGAGGUCAAAGUGCGGGCAAAAGUUCCGUCCUGGAGAACUUUGUUGGAAAGGACUUUCUGCCAAGAGGUUCAGGAAUCGUAACUAGAAGGCCACUUAUUUUACAAUUGAUCAACAGUCACACUGAAUAUGGAGAAUUUCUACAUUGUAAAGGAAAGAAAUUUGUGGAUUUCGAUGAAAUUCGUCGAGAGAUUGAAGGGGAAACUGACAGAAUUACUGGUGGCAAUAAAGGAAUUUCAAAUGUUCCUAUUAACUUGAGAGUUUAUUCUCCUAAUGUUCUUAACUUGACCCUCAUUGACUUGCCUGGUCUGACAAAAGUACCAAUCGGAGAUCAACCAGCGGAUAUUGAAGCACAAAUCAAAGGAAUGAUAUUUCAAUUUAUUAAGCGUGAAAAUUGUCUUAUAUUAGCAGUUACGCCAGCAAAUACUGAUUUAGCAAAUAGUGAUGCCCUAAAACUUGCCAAGGAAGUUGAUGCACCAGGUGUUCGUACUAUUGGUGUUAUUACAAAAUUAGAUCUUAUGGACGAUGGCACCGAUGCUAGGGAUAUUUUGGAAAAUAAAUUACUUCCUUUACGUAGAGGUUAUAUUGGAGUAGUGAAUAGAAGUCAAAAAGACAUUGAGGGACGUAAGGAUAUUAAAGCCGCAUUGGCAGCUGAACGAAAAUUCUUCAUUAGUCAUCCUUCAUAUCGACAUUUAGCUGACAGAUUAGGAACUCCUUAUUUACAACGUGUUUUAAAUCAACAAUUGACAAAUCAUAUUAGAGACACACUUCCUGCUCUAAGGGACAGACUGCAAAAACAAAUGUUAACUUUGGAAAAAGAUGUGGAACAAUACAAACACUUUAGGCCUGAUGAUCCUUCAAUCAAGACGAAAGCUAUGUUGCAGAUGAUACAAUCAUUGCAAUCGGAUUUCGAGAGGACUAUCGAGGGUUCCGGUUCCGCGCAAAUCAACACAAUGGAACUUAGCGGUGGUGCAAAAAUCAACCGAUUAUUCCAUGAACGUUUUCCAUUUGAAAUUGUCAAAAUGGAAUUCGAUGAGAAGGAAUUACGAAGAGAAAUUGCUUUUGCUAUUAGAAAUAUUCAUGGUAUCAGAGUUGGGCUCUUCACUCCCGACAUGGCUUUUGAAGCUAUAGUUAAAAAACAAAUAAAUAGGCUCAAAGAGCCAAGUCUUAAAUGUGUGGAUCUAGUCGUGCAAGAACUUAGCAAUGUUGUACGCAUUUGUACAGAUCGGAUGUCACGUUAUCCUAGAUUAAGAGAAGAGACGGAGAGAAUUAUCACAACGCAUGUGAGGCAACGCGAGCAAAUGUGCAAAGAGCAUUUGAUUCUUUUAGUUGAUUGUGAACUCGCUUACAUGAACACAAAUCACGAAGACUUCAUUGGAUUUGCCAACGCGGCAGCCAGUAUGUAUAAUUCAAGCGCUCAACAGUCUUCCGAAAAUUCAGUGAAAGCUGGACGUCAUACUUUGGGCAAUCAAGUCAUUCGAAAAGGAUACAUGUGCAUUCAUAAUUUAGGCAUUAUGAAAGGUGGCUCAAGAGAUUAUUGGUUCGUUCUGACAUCGGAAAGCAUCUCAUGGUUUAAAGAUGAAGAGGAACGAGAAAAGAAAUAUAUGUUGCCACUGGAUGGUUUGAAACUUCGUGAUUUGGAGCAGGGCUUCAUGUCUCGACGUCAUUUAUUCGCUCUUUUCAAUCCUGAAGGCAGAAACGUUUACAAGGAUUAUAAACAAUUGGAAUUGAGUUGCGAGACUCAGGACGAUGUCGAUUCGUGGAAAGCAUCAUUCUUAAGAGCCGGAGUUUAUCCAGAGAAACAAACGGAACAAGCGAAUGGUGAAGGCGAGGGUGGCUCGGAAGCUCAAUCGUCAAUGGAUCCACAAUUGGAACGUCAGGUGGAAACAAUUAGAAAUUUAGUUGAUUCUUAUAUGAAAAUUGUGACAAAAACAACGCGUGAUCUUGUUCCAAAAACAAUAAUGCAUUUAAUUAUAAACAAUGCAAAGGAUUUCAUUAAUGGAGAAUUAUUGGCACAUCUCUAUGCAAGUGGAGAUCAGUCGUCGAUGAUGGAGGAAUCGCCGGAAGAGGCACAAAAACGAGAGGAAAUGCUUCGAAUGUAUCACGCUUGUAAGGAAGCGCUUCGAAUUAUUGGUGAUGUUUCAAUGGCAACAGUUUCAACACCAGUGCCUCCGCCAGUUAAAAACGAUUGGUUGGCAUCGGGUGAAAAUCCAAGAUUAUCGCCACCUUCACCGGGAGGACCGAGACGAGGAGUUUCGCAACCUGCGCCACCCGCGAGUUCACGAGCACCGCCUCCAGUGCCAGCCGGUGGUCGUCCAGCACCAGCAAUUCCAAAUCGACCCGGACCUGGUGGUGCACCACCAUCACGAGGUAAUCCUGGACUACCUCCUCCCCUCAUACCAUCUCGCGGGGGUGGUCUGCAGCAGAGAGUAACGCAAGCUGCUACCCAGGCUGCUGCGAAUGCUGCUGUGAACGAGCUGAUGGAUGCUUUCAGGAUGAAGCGUCCUGUACCCACUAUUCCUCCCCGAAUUCCUGACAGACCGUAUUCUGGACGACUUAAUUGAGCCAGAAAUCUCGAUUCCUGUGUGCACCGACUGUACCUGCGAUCCAAUUAAAUUGUCGUGGAAAUAAAGACAAAAAAAAAAAAAAAAAAUAAUAAGAGUUGCGGAUUAUCGAGCCAAAGGAGAUCGUCCAGGUGAAUUUUUCUGAUGCUUGGAUUAACGGUAUCGAAGAUGGAAAUGAGGAAGGAUAGAAAAAUGCGAGAUUUAUAUUAUGGUAAAAAAAAGAUUUAUAAGUACAAGAUUCAAGAAAAAGAAAAAACAAAAAAGAAAUCAAUUUUAAUUUCUCUUUGUAUAUUUUUUGUUUUCCUGUUUCUUGUAUUUCACCUUUUUUUUUUUUUUAUUUAUAAGAUUUUAACGCCUCUAUCAAGUAUUAAAAAGCUCGUAUAUUUGCCUAAUGAGUCGGUUCAUUCGCAAUAGAAUGAAAAAAAAAGAAUAACGUAAAAGAGUGUUGUGGCUGUUGAAUCGAUUCUAAAUUUUUAUGUGAUUUUCGAAAAUUGGACCAGAAGUUGAUCUAAGCAUUUCAAUUGAUUUUUUUUUUAAUGUAGAAUUGAGUAUGAAUGAUAUUCAUAUUAUUUAGUAACUUUUCGGAGUUUAUCAAUAUUACCGUCCAAUAUAUAUAUAUAUAUUUUUUCGUUUAACGAAAAUAAAGAAUGUGUGGUAAUUUUUCUUUUGGAAAGAUUUAGAAAUUUUUUUUUUUUUUUUUUUUUUCUUAAAACCUUGAAACAGUAUUUUUUUUUUGAUGAUUAUGCAGCCACUCUCGCUCGCUGAGAGAUUAAUUUGUUACAAAGGAGAGAAAAAAAAAAAAAAAAAAAAAAACUAAA